CGCAGUACUCGGACGUCGCGACCCUGUUCGAAGGUGGCGGCCCUCCCGGCGACGGUCUUGAUCCUGGGCGAGAGCGGCACCGGUAAGGAGUUGCUCGCCAGACUUAUUCACCGCGAAUCUGGUGCUGAGGACUCGCCAUUCGUCGCGGUCAACCUUGCCGCCAUUCCGAACGACCUUGUGGAGAGCACCCUCUUCGGCCACGAGAAAGGGGCGUUCACCGGCGCCAUUCGUCAGCAGCUCGGUAAAUUUGAACUUGCCACCGGUGGAACGUUGUUUCUCGACGAGGUCGGCGACUUGCGCUACGAGUUGCAAGCCAAGCUGCUCCGCGCCAUUCAGGAGGGCGAGAUCGAACGGGUGGGUGGCACUCAUGCAAUCAAGACCGACUUCCGCCUCAUCGCCGCCACCAACACCGACCUGAGCAAGGCGGUCAAGGCCGGCACGUUUCGCGAAGAUCUGUUUUACCGAUUGAACGUGAUCCCGAUACAGCUGCCGGCGUUGCGAGAUCGGAUCGAAGAUGUGCCCGAACUGGCCAGGUUCUUCCUGCGCCGCUUCAACGUCAAGUUCAGGAAGGAUAUUCAGGGGAUCGCCGACUCGACGCUUCGAAUUCUCGGCUCCCACUGGUGGCCGGGCAACAUCCGGGAACUGGAGAACCUUGUCGAACGCCUCGUUGCGAUAUCAGACAAGAACUGGAUCACCGACGAGGACCUGCCCAUCGAGUUUCACGUCGCGCAGCUGAACUCCGCACAACCGGCGGUGGACCAUCUGCUGGACCGCGCGGUCUCGACGUUCGAGCGCAACUUCAUUAUCCGAGCACUCGAGAAAGAGGGGUGGAACGUCACCGCGACCGCACGGUCGCUGGGUAUCCCUCUCAGCACGAUGAAGUUUAAGAUGGACCGCCUUGAGAUCAGAGCCCUAGCCCGCAAGCGGCGCGGCAACUAG